AUGAACACUGUGAAAGUAGUCGUUAAGCAUGUCCCAGAUUAUGGUGCUUACAAAGAAAGAAAUGACCUUGGCUUUUUGACAUUUGAUCUCAAAACAGAUCUGUCUCACCUUUUCAAUUGGAAUGUAAAACAGUUGUUCUUAUACCUAACCGCAGAAUAUGUAACACCUAACAAUGAACUUAAUCAAGUAGUGCUGUGGGAUAAAAUUAUCUUAAGAGGAGAAAAUGCCAUACUUGAUUUUAAAAACAUGAAUACAAAAUACUACUUCUGGGAUGACGGUAAUGGUUUAAAGGGUCAUCAAAAUGUAACACUUACACUAUCAUGGAAUAUUAUACCAAAUGCUGGCCUCCUUCCAAAUAUUGAAGCCAUAGGCCAACAUUCCUUCAAAUUCCCUGCAGAAUACACCCAAACAAGGGGGGCGUCAAUUAAUUCAGUGGUGCAU